AUGACAACAGUAGCAGCAACUUCAACACCAAUAUCACUUGAUCUAACGAUUAUUUGUCAAGAUUGUGUCGUUGGUGAACAUGUCACCAUUGGUAAAGGCACUGUACUACACCCUAAAGCUUCGAUCACCUCUUUGCAUGGUGCACCUAUUACCAUCGGUGAAAACAAUAUCAUAGAGGAACUAGUUUCCAUAGUCAAUCGUUCAAAAGAACCUAUGAUCAUAGGUGCCGGUAAUCUAUUUGAAGUUGGUUCAGUUAUAGAAUGUAAAUCAAUUGGAAAUGAAAAUAUAGUUGAAGCGAAAGCAAAAGUCAGUUGUGGAGUUACAAUUAACAAUGGAUGUACGAUUGGUGCUGGUUGUAUAACACCAGAGAAUGAACAUUAUCUAGAUAAUUCAAUCGUAUCAGGUCCAACAUUACAUAGAAUCAACUCUACAAUUCCACUAGAAAUGCACAGUGCAACUCAUAUAAAACAUUUAGAAUUCUUACAUAAAACAUUACCUAAUUUCCAUAAUAUGAAGAAAUAG